UGAAAAUGAAAGAUCAAAGAUUCGGAAAAAGUGUUCAGUAUGAAUACAGCUGGAAGGCAAAUAUAUAGCCCCGUCCCGGUGUUUUUGAUACAUCUACAAUUUCUUCCUAUAGUUCGCAUCAUCUGACGCCAAAGUCGGUAGCAGGAUUGAACAAAAUAAUUGUCUAUAAGUCAUAAUGUAGCACUUUUCCAUUGGCCAAAACGUAUUGAUAUGGAGCGGCGUGAGAGACAGUUGAGAGUGAGGAAUUCCCAGGGGCACUCUAUAAGGGUGGUGAGAGAGCUGUACCUGAGAGAAGACAUCCCUUGUCACAGUCCACUCUGUCUGGCAGGCUGCGAAACUCCACUUAACCAGGGUACACAUACAGGUUUGGCCAAGGAAGUGACCCAUUACCUGAUUCCCGAUGCUCAGGUGACUACAGAUUACCUGGAGAUUUUGGAAGUGACAGAGUUGACAGGAAUUGUAUUUACACAGUCAGUGACAGAUUAUGUGCAACAUGAAGGAGGAAGAAGGCUUCACAACAGAUUAAAGUCUCUUAUUAAGAAUGGGCGGAAAGGCUCUGUUCUGUUUAACAAUGAAUUCCAGAAAUUUUCUUACUGUGAACGUCAGGCUGGAGAGGCGCUUCAAGACUGGCUGACCAGAAGCACUUAUCAAUCUUCUGUUUGGUACUAUGAUCACCUGGCUGGGAAAAUUCCAAUCGUCAUGGUUACUGAAAAUAGAGAGUUUCUGGAGGAACAUGAGAACAAAAAGAUCAAUGUUUUUGUGAUGGACAUGAAGGGUUAUCUGGACACAUUCUGGUCUCAUCUGUCUGGCAUUGAUGACUUGUUUGAGGCCCUGACAGCCGCUAAAGAGGAGUCUGUCAGUAAAGCCGAAGAUGAGUACAGUGGUUAUCUCCCCUUGGCUGUGCUGGAGGCUGGCAUUAAGGCAGGUCGGUUUGUUCAGGGUAACCUCCACGUCAACAAACACAAUCCAAUGCAGGAGGCCUUCAUCAAAAGAACAAGUGCACAAUCGGCAAGUGAGGCUUCACAUAUGGACUCUGAUAUAUUGAUACCAGGAAUGGGGACAAGAAACCGUGCUAUCCAUGGAGACUCCGUUGUCGUGGAGUUAUUGCCCCGCCCACAGUGGAAAGGAAAGUCAUUAGCCAUUAAAGAGAAUGAAGAGGAACAGCUGUCUAAUGUAUCAGGUACCUCUCCAGAGGAAGAGGAAGACAUGGGAGAUGUGAUGCCCACGGGGCGUGUUGUGGGAAUCCUACAGAGGAACUGGAGGGAUUAUGUAGUCUCCUUCAGUCAGGAUGAGGCUGGACAGAAAAAUCCCGGCCGUGCAGGUAAAGUGUUGGUGAUCCCGUGGGACUAUAGGAUACCGAAGAUCCGAAUCAGCACUAGACAGGUGGAUACCCUGAGGGAAUGCAGGAUUAUUGUGAGGAUAGACUCCUGGCCUGCAGACUCCGCCUACCCUAACGGCCACCUGGUGAAGAGUUUAGGAACUAUCGGUGACAUUGAGACAGAGGUCGCCGCUCUUCUGGUGGAGAACACCAUAACAGUGGCGCCAUUCUCUGAUGGUCAGCUGAAGGAGCUCCCUGUGAACAGUGAGGAUGACCCCUGGGUCAUGGAGCCCAUUGAGGUGUCUCGUCGCAAAGAUUUGAGAACAUCUCACCUCAUUUUUAGUAUUGACCCCAAGGGCUGUGAAGAUGUGGAUGACACCCUUUCUGUCAGAAAACUUCCUAAUGGGCAUUUAGAACUAGGUGUUCACAUUGCAGACGUAACCUAUUUUGUUCCAUCAGGGUCACUGACUGACCUUGAAGCGCAGUCAAGAUCAACCACUGUGUACCUGGCAGAUCGCCGUUACGACAUGUUACCUGGAGUCCUAAGCUCUGACCUCUGUUCUCUCAUCAGUAAUGUGGACAGGUUUGCAGUGAGUGUGAUAUGGGAGCUGGACCAGCAGAUGGAGGUGGUGGGCGUGUGGUAUGGUAGAACAGUCAUCCGGUCACAGUAUAAGCUCUUCUAUGAGAUUGCACAAGCGAUGCAUGAUGGGAUGUCAGAUGAAGAAUUAGUUGCAAACAUUCCUGAGUUACAAAAGUUGCAUGGUGAUACCCUGAACAAAAGCCUUGCAGAGCUAAAAGAGGCCGUGAACAUGUUAAUGCACGUGUCACGUCAUCUGAAGGCACGCCGGACUCUGGGUGGGGCACUGGAACUGGAGGGGGCAGAGGUCCAGGUACAGAUGGAUGACACCAAGAAAAUAGAGGACCUCACCCCCAAAGCUCACCUGGAGAUUCAUGACACAAUUGCAGAGUGUAUGAUAUUUGCCAAUCACUGGGUUGCCCGGAAAAUAGCUGACAGUUAUCCCAAUCAGGCUCUGCUCCGUCACCAUCCCCUGCCCCGAGAAGGCCACUUUGAGAACCUGAUCCAGUGUGCCAAGGCUAAGGGGUUUGAGAUCCGCACAGACUCUAAUAAGGCCCUUGCAGAGUCCCUGGAUAAAUGUGUGGACCCUGAGGACCCCAUGGUUAACAAGUUGUUGAGGUCUUUAGCCACUCAGGCCAUGUCCAACGCCAUGUAUUUUUCUACUGGAGCGAUAUCACGAGACCAGUUUUUCCACUAUGGCCUGGCGCUGGACAGAUACACUCAUUUCACAUCCCCCAUCAGGCGCUAUGCAGAUGUUAUUGUACACAGGCAGCUGCUCUCUGCCAUUGGUCAGAUGGAGUCACAUGAUCUUUUGAGCAACAACAACCUAAGUGAUCUGUGCCAGCACAUCAACAACAAACACAGAUCAGCUCAGAAUGCACAACGAGACUCCCAGGAACUGUUCCAAGCAUUGUUUUUCCGUGACAAACACCCGGAUGAUGAAUGUUGUAAAGUUGAUGCUGUCAUCUUCCAGCUUCGGGCCAAUGGCUUUCUUGUAUUUAUUCCAAGGUAUGGUAUCAAAGGCCCAGUAUACCUGCGCAGUAAGGAGGGUCAAGUGGUGUACAUCAGCGAAACAGAGCAGCCGGAGUGGACGAGUGGGACAGUUCAGCGGUCAUGGACCAGCGUCACAGUGGACAGUGUACUUGGCAGUCACACCUACAAUCUGUUUGAUCACGUCACUGUAAAACUGAGCCUGCAGCUGUCACAUGCUCACCCUUCGUCUCUGAGACUGGAUUUGGUUUCUAAUGAGCGUCAUCAAUCCUGGGUGGAUAUAGCCCUGGAGACAACUGAGAAGACAGAUAUUGUUAAGGAAGUUCAUACAGCAGCAGAAGAAAAGCCAGAGAAAGUCGUGAACUUUGAUCUCGGCAGUGAUUUCAACCGGUUACAGGAAAUGUAUGGCCAGACCGCAGAGAAGGACAGCCUGUAUUCUUUGUUUCAAUCGUUCAGAGAAAUGGCUCUUGUUUAAACUGAUCAUCCACCUUACUGUACAGUGUAAAACGCAGAUUGGGACAAGAAACUCCGCAAAAAGCCCAAAAGAGAUGAUUGGUCAAAUGUCAGAUUGCUUUAUUAAAGGUGAUAGGAAAGAGUGCUACACCCCAGGUACAUGUAUACCUUGAUCAGGACCUCUAGGGCUCUUACUUCUAAUCUUUAGACCUUAUUCUCGCCUUGCCACUCAAUAGAAGUCAAGUACUGAUUGGCAGGGUGUCCAUGGGCUAUGACGGAAUGGGAUGUUUUUGGUAUGGCAUUCCAGUAAUGCAACCUUAUAAGCAAUGAAAUCAGUCUGGUUCAAGCGAGCGAUCAUAUUGUAUUUCACCUAAAGUUUGGUAUGUAAAAAUACGCUUUCACAGGCACGUGAAAAUCAUAAAAUGAUACUUUUGCUGAUGGAAAAUUAAUCUAACUUCACAAAAAAAGAUACGUGAAACAAUCAGGACAAAACAAAAGGUGUGACUUGAGAAAUGCUAAACUUUAGGUGAAAUAUAGUGAGAAUUUGUACAAGUACUCUACAAAAGGGUUUACCUACGUGUACAUGACAUCAAAAAUCAUGUUCAAAAACAAAUGUUAUUUUUUUAAACAAAAAAAUUAAGCUUCAUUAGUAUGUCUGGUUUGCAAACAGUUGGUACAAAGAUACAUGUUGACUUGAGCCUUAAGCUCUUGUGUAUAACAAGCUUUAUUUAUAUAGUACAUAUAAUAUUUCACUUACGUUAAAAUUGUAUUAAUUUUGAAACUGUAAAUAAAGGGAAAAUAUAGUGAUUUGUCAAUAAGCAGAACAUCUCCAAAAAUAUAUUUUUGGGAUAUGUAAAAAAAAUAAGUAUUUCAAUCUGAUUUAUCAUUACUGUAUUUAACAUGUACAUGCUAACUGAAUAUCACUUUCAUAUCUACAUUUUAGGAUGUGAUAUUAGUAUGUAUACUAAAAAAAAUAUGACCGCACGAGGCAAUUUUAUAUUGACUCAAUUUCCUCCAGAUUUUCACAUUUUAGGGCAAUAAUCCAGGAGCUGUGAUUACAGACCACUUUGUUUUCACGCUGCCAUAGUUCCUGGAUUAUAGCCCUAAAAUGUGAAAAUCUGCUGGAAAUUGAAGCCACAGUUGAUAAUGAAUACUUACCCUGAUUGUUGAGUUCAUACGUUAUUUAAAGGAAAAGACCUCUAAAAAUCGCUAAAUAGACCACUUAAAACUAUGCAUAAAUAUACUUUCAUUUAUUGUUUUAGAUGUUUGUGAAAAGAGUUAGUCUUUCAAACAUUUUAAUUCGUAGGUGGGCUUUAUGGUCCAUACUAUCAGAGUUCAGGAACUCUGAUGUCACAUGAAGUUGUUUGAGCUCUAAUCAUGACACUGAAUGUUGGAAUAACUAUUUACUCAUGAGUAAAAGAUUACUGAAAUAAUGUUCCUAAAAAUUCUUUCUUUCUUUCUGGUGAACAUCAAGAAAAAAAGUUGAUGUGAUGUGAGAGUUCUUGGAUACAGUCAGUAAGGCUCUUAAAGCCCAUUUUCGUAUUCAAACAUUUGAACGCCUUUGAACACCCUCCAAAAAAUCGAAGAAAACAAAUGAAAGUAUUUUCACGCAUAAUUUUCAGUUGUAUGAUGAACCUUACUUCGUAGUUUAGCUUUCUUUUACUUAAAUACUGAGAAAAAACAAUAUAAAAUUGCUUCAUGUUUAUAUUUUGGUUCGGUAUAUGUGCACUUGAGUAUUACAUCACACACAUACUUAACAAUUUUUCAGUCCUAUGACAAGAAAGUGUGUGUAUACAUACACUGUGUCUUCUUUUCGCAAA